AUGAUUCAUAAUUAUCUUGUUCAUCAAAAUCCUGGAGAAAUUUAUCAUAAUAAUAAUUGCGUUCGCCAAAACAUGGUUCAUAAUACAAUUUAUCAAAACCCAGAAGACAUUUAUCAAGAUAUCGGUGAUAAUAAUUACGCUCAUCAAAACAUGAUUCAUAAUUAUCUUAUUCAUCAAAACCAAAACCAUGAAGAAAUUUAUCAUAAUAAUUACGUUCGCCAAAACAUGGUUCAUAAUACAAUUUAUCAAAAUUCUGAAGAUAUUUAUCAAAAUUUCGGUGACAAUAAUUACGCUCAUCAAAACAUGAUUCACAAUUUUAUUCAUCAAAAUCCUGGAGAAAUUUAUUAUAAUAAUAACUACGUUCACCAACACAUGGCUCAUAAUACAAUUUAUCAAAACCCAGAAGACAUUUAUCAAAAUGUCAGUGACAAUAAUUACGCUCAUCAACAAAACAUAAUUCAUGAUUAUCUAAUUCAUCAAAACCCUGGAGAAAUUUAUCAUAAUAAUAAUUACGUUCGCCAAAACAUGGUUCAUCAAAAUCAUAAGCGUGAGGACGUUUAUCAAAAUGCUGCAAGGUACCUUGAUAAUUUAAGAAAAACGCAAUAA